AUGUAUCGACGGUUUCUUUCGUUGAGAGGCAAUUUGAAUACCCAGAAAAUUGACUUUUGCAGUCAGCUCGAAUCAGAACACACCUGGACAUAUCUUAUAGUGAUUUUGGGGUUUCCUGUGAUUAUAGUGGGCCCUCUAUUAUGCAUGGGCGCGGCUUCAGUUUUGAACGACCUUUGUGACAAGUGGGAACUCGAUCAGGCAGAGAGAGUGGCGUCGAGGAAACACAAGAAGCAAGCUAUUUAUGCCCUGCACAAUGCCUUGAUGGGCGAUAUUGCUGACCUUGUCUGA